AUGCUGGGCCGGGACGGCAGCCAUCUCGUUCAUGCCAUCUGCUCGCCCGAUGACGUCGAGGAGCAAGGAUGCAACGUCCCGCCCGGUCCGACUGGUUACUUGGGUGAGACGAACCCGUGCCCGAUCUCGAUGUGGACGAGACGAAACGAAGGAGAGCACAAGCACAAGCACAUGCAGGAAUUCAAGACGAAACGCACGUCUUUGACGCAGCCUGACGUGUCUUGGCCGCGCGUCGCCGACGGCUCCAUCUGGCACCAUCGGCGCCCUGCGUGUGAGAUUUUCGUGACCGACGGACCGAGAGCCACGGUCCAGUCUUUUCCACGGCUCGCCUCUCGACUGGACCCGUGCUGGACUCGCCACGACGCGGCUGAAGCUUGCUGCUCGGCGGACGCGCCGGAUUUGCACUCUGCCCUCGCCAUGUCCAGCCACCAAAGCCUACCGCCGGCGAGCCUGCCGGACAAGCCUCGUCCUGGCGUCGACGGGUUCAGGGCCGCGCAGCCAGGUCCCGAUCGACCAUCAUCCAGCAUGUCCAGCAGCGAACACGACCCGCGGUCGACGUCGGCGACGGCACGACCGACCCCAUGA